AUGAUCUCGUCAAAAUUCCUCUGCCCUUUGGGCGUUUUGCUAGUAGGCGCGUCGCGUGCCUUGGCGUUCGACCGCAUUAGCAUCCCAACCACGGUCAAGGCCGACACCGACGUCGAGGUCACCAUCAAAAACGAUAUCGCAUCCGGAAGCAAGUCUUUCGACGCCGGUUUCACCAACUACAACCUCUACCUCUCAACCACUCCACCAGGAUGGGGCACCGGCCCCGUGUGCGUCCUGGCCAACGGGACAAAGAUCGAUGUCACCUCCGUGAAGGUGAAGAUCCCCGCCGACGCGAUCCCUGAAGGCUCCGAAUUCAAGAUCACGGCGAUGGAGUGGAACUCGGAUCCGACCAAGGACGGGCCCUCGGGCUUCGAAUACAGCAACGACUUUUCCUUCUCGGGCGGCACGGGAGAAUGGGGCAAGACAGAGCUGGGGGGCUCCACGCUGGGCGACAUGGAUCGCAUCCCGUGCACGGCGUACGCGUGCGCACGCAACUGUAACGACAAGUACUUUGACGAGAGGAACACGACAAGCCAGGAUCCCAGCGUUUACAAGAACACGUACGAGUGCGUCGCCGCAUGUCCCGGCACGACAUUCCCGUCCUGGGAUUCAAUCAUCAACGAUAACGGGGAUGGCUCGGGCUCCAGUGCGGGACCCUCGGGAAGCGCUUCGGCAACGGCAACGAGAUCCGGUGCGUCGGCGACAGCCUCAACGUCCCCGACAGGGUCGUCAACUUCUACCCCGACUGCAGCUCAAAGUAGCAGCUCGCCCCCGUAG